AUGACGGCACGCUGCUUGCGUGAUUUCAUAUCCAUCGUCGUCGUGUCGGCGUUGGCGAUAACUCUCUCUGUAGGCGGGGCUAACGGCGCUCUGGACACCAUUCGUAGUCGACAGCUUCUUCAGGCCACUUCGGAGUUUCCACCCAACUGUGUUUGCGAGAGGAACGCGUCGAGCUCGCCUUACCGCCUAACCCCAAGCAACGCCACGUCCACGACUGACUUUUCGGUUUACUGCUUCAAGAUUGAAAAGACUGGAUGUAAUUCAACCAGCACUUGCUGCAAUGGCAACCAAGGGGUCAUGAAAGUGGAGCUCGAUGUUGUGCCUACCUGCAAGCCUUCCCUCAAGCGCGUCACCGUUAAUGGUGUCUUCUACACGGCCUGGGAGUUCAACACGAAAUUGGGUACUCUCCGCGUCACAUCCCUCAACAAAACCGCUACGACGGCUUCUGGCACCCAAGUAUGCCUCUAUUUAACAAAAUCCAAUACCAGCUGCACCAACCUUGCCCAACUCUGUGCCUUGGGUAGCGGCGCCUGCAAGUACGCCAUCUUCAACGCCGACCGGAAUUGUUGCCCCGUCAGCGUCCUCAGCUACUUUCCUCCGCCACCACCGCCGCAGUUUGGCCCCGUUGUUCCAGCUUUCAGCAAGCCCCCCACUCCACCCAACCCGCCCGAGCCUUCACCUCCUCCACUCCCCCCUUCUCCCUCACCACCGCCCUCUCCCCCACCGCCCUCUCCCCCCCCUCCUCCUCCUCCUCCCCCACCCCCGCCUCCACCCCCACCCCCUCCACCCCCCCGUCCACCCCCUCCACCGCCCCCGUCCCCUCCUCCACUCCCCCCGCCGCCGCCACCACCGCCCGUGUUUCCAAACUGCUCCUGCCUUCGUAGCCCUUCUGCCUCCCGCCUGGCUCUCUCCCCCGAGAUUAAGGUCAGCCCAGCUGACAACGGCCUCACCUCCAUUUGCUUCACCGUCACGAGCAAGGACUCAUGCGACCGCGGAUCCCGAUGCUGCACCUUCACACUCCAUAAGCUCGAAUUCGCCGUCAAGCCGUCUUGCAACAACACCCUGAUCUACGCAACCGCGAAUGGCGAGCAUGCCAGCCGUGUGUUUCAGACACGCCCCUACCCCGCCAUCAAGGUCACCAACCUGGCCCUCGCGUUCGGUGACACCGAGGGUGCUGAAAUCUGUCUGUUCAUGCGCCCGCCGUGCAACUCCAUCUCCGCGCUAAGCAGCAACGGUGAUGGCACCAUCACCGUCGGCCUCUUCAAUCCCCCCAUCGCCGCAACGAACUGCUGCCCUCUGUACACCCUGGGCUAA